AUAACAUUCGUUACUGCUCGUUAUUUUAUACUAGGAAAUUCCGAUCGGAAAACGUCCGAAGCGGAUUGACGACGAGAAGAUGGUACACAGUGCCUAUGAUUCCUUCGAGCUCCUCAACAAUUGCCCUUUCAAAAUCGACGCCGUCGAAUCAUAUGGUUCAAAGCUCCUCCUUGGCUGCUCCGAUGGAUCCCUUAAGAUCUACGUUCCCGAAUACUCCGUCUCCGACCGCUCUCCACCGUCCGAUUACCACUUACAUGCCCAUGAGCUGCGAAAGGAACCGUAUGCUCUAGAGAGAAAUUUCUCUGGGUUCUCCAGGAAGCCCCUGCUCGCGAUGGAGGUCUUGGAGUCGAGGGAGCUCCUUCUUUCGCUCUCGGAGUCGAUCGCCUUCCAUAAGCUCCCGAACUUGGAGACCAACGCUGUCAUCACCAAGGCGAAGGGCGCGAAUGUGUAUUCUUGGGACGAUCGGAGAGGGUUCUUGUGCUUCGCGAGGCAAAAGAGGGUCUGUAUUUUCAGACACGACGGUGGUCGAGGAUUUGUAGAGGUGAAAGAAUAUAAUGUGCCGGAUACGGUAAAGUCAAUGUCAUGGUGCGGUGAGAAUAUAUGUUUGGGUAUUAGAAAAGAAUACAUGAUAUUGAACGCUACAAAUGGUGCGUUGUCUGAAGUAUUUCCUUCUGGGAGGUUAGCCCCGCCUUUGGUGAUCUCUCUUCCCUCAGGAGAACUUCUUCUUGGGAAGGAGAACAUUGGUGUCUUUGUGGACCAAAAUGGGAAGCUGCUUCAGGAAGGUAGAAUUUGUUGGUCAGAGGCCCCUUUAGAAGUUGUCAUUCAGAAGCCAUAUGCAAUAGCUUUAUUACCAAGAUAUGUUGAGAUUCGAUCUCUUCGAGAUCCAUAUCCAUUGAUACAGACUGUUGUUCUACGAAAUGCCCGUCAUCUUGGCCAAAGCAACAAUUCCGUAAUCGUAGCAUUAGACAAUUCUGUUUAUGGGCUCUUCCCUGUUCCUCUUGGUGCACAGAUUGUACAACUAACAGCAUCUGGCAAUUUCGAUGAAGCCUUGGCCUUGUGUAAGCUGCUUCCCCCAGAAGAUUCAAACCUUCGAGCUGCAAAGGAGGGGUCGAUUCAUAUAAGAUACGCUCACUACCUAUUUGAUAAUGAAAGCUAUGAGGAGGCAAUGGAGCAUUUCUUGGCAUCUCAGAUAGAUAUAACCUAUGUGCUUUCGUUGUAUCCCUCAAUUAUCCUUCCUAAAACAACCAUAAUUCCUGAGCCAGAGAAGCUGGUGGACAUUUCUUGGGAUACUUCAUAUCUCUCAAGAGGUUCAUCAGGUUUAUCAGAUGAUAUGGAAACCUUACCAUCACCACAACUAUUGGAAUCCGAUGAGCAUGCAGCACUUGAGUCCAAGAAAAUGAGCCACAAUACUCUCAUGGCUCUGAUUAAGUUCUUGCAGAAGAAAAGAUAUGGUAUAGUUGAAAAGGCCACUGCCGAGGGAACAGAAGAAGUUGUUUUAGAUGCUGUUGGAGAUAAUUUCGCAUCGUAUGACAGUAGGUUCAAGAAAACGACCAAGGGGCGUGGUAACAUCUCCAUUAGCUCUGGUGCUCGGGAGAUGGCAGCAAUACUUGACACGGCUCUACUCCAAGCUCUGCUUCUUACUGGACAGUCUUCAGUGGCUUUAGAGUUACUUAAAGGUCUUAACUAUUGUGAUGUGAAAAUAUGUGAGGAAAUUCUUCGAAAAAGAAAUCAUUAUGCUGCUUUGUUAGAACUUUACAAGUGCAAUUCAAUGCACCGUGAAGCCCUUAAACUUCUACAUCAAUUGGUAGAAGAGUCGAGGGCAAACCAAUCACUAGCAGAGCUUACCCAAAAGUUUAAGCCUGAGUCAAUUAUUGAAUAUCUCAAGCCUCUCUGUGGGACUGAUCCCAUGCUUGUCCUUGAGUGCUCAAUGCUGGUUCUUGAAAGCUGUCCAACACAAACUAUUGAGCUGUAUUUGUCUGGAAAUAUUCCAGCAGACUUGGUCAACUCUUAUUUGAAGCAACAUGCUCCAAGCAUGCAGGCCAAGUACUUGGAGCUCAUGCUUGCAAUGAAUGAGAAUGGGAUCUCAGGAAAUCUGCAAAAUGAAAUGAUACAAAUAUAUCUCUCGGAAGUGCUUGAUUGGUAUUCAGAUUUAGGUGCUCAACAAAAAUGGGAUGAGAAAGCUUAUUCCUCAACAAGGAAGAAAUUAUUGUCUGCUUUAGAGAGUAUCUCAGGAUAUAAUCCAGAUGCUUUGUUGAAACGUCUACCACCGGAUGCUUUAUAUGAAGAGCGUGCAAUAUUGUUGGGUAAAAUGAACCAACAUGAGCUUGCCUUGUCUCUAUAUGUUCAUAAGCUUCACGUCCCUGAGCUUGCACUGGCCUAUUGUGAUCGGGUAUAUGAGUCUGUAGUUCAUCAACCAUCUAUAAAAUCCUCUGGCAAUAUAUACCUUACUCUUUUGCAAAUUUAUCUUAAUCCUUGGAGGACAACCAAGAAUUUUGAACAGAGAAUCACCAAUCUAGUAUCACCUUAUCAUACGAGCAUUCCAAAGGUUGGUUCAGCGUCUUCGACUAAAGCUAGAGGAGGCCGUGGAAGUAAGAAAAUUGCUUCAAUAGAGGGUGCAGAGGACAUGAGAGUAAGUCAGAGUGGCACCGACAGUAGCAGGAGUGAUGGUGAUGCAGAUGAAUCUAGCGGGGAAGGAGGUUCCACUAUUAUGCUUGAUGAGAUUCUUGAUUUGUUGAGCCAAAGGUGGGAUAGAUUAAAUGGAGCUCAAGCUCUCAAACUCUUACCAAGGGAAACCAAACUACAGAACUUGCUUCCAUUUCUUGGACCUCUUCUGCGGAAAUCCAGUGAAGCAUACAGAAAUCUUUCAGUGAUCAAAAGUUUGAGACACACUGAAAACCUGCAGGUGAAGGACGAACUCUACAACCAAAGACAAACAGUGGUGAAGAUCACCAGCGAUAGCAUCUGCUCUCUUUGCAAUAAGAAGAUAGGGACAAGUGUUUUUGCUGUCUUCCCAAAUGGGAAGACACUAGUGCACUUUGUUUGCUUUAGAGACUCCCAGACUAUGAAAGUUGUGGCCAAAGGCUCGCCGCGAAGGAAGCGAUGAUAAUCAGUAUCAUGGUGGUUUGAAGGAGAUGUGUUUUCCAGUUAAACAUAGCACAUAACGAUUUUUGUUUGACAGCUUUGAGGUGUAAAAACAGGUACUAAAGGCACUUCUUCCAGCAUCUCCAAAGAUGGUCAUAGAGACGUAAAAAAGUGUGGCCCUGGUGUGAAGUGCAAAACUGCUACAGAGAUCCCCGAGAUGACUGAAGACGAUACAGGUUGUGAUUUCUCCACCUCUUGCCACAAGCGCACCAACGGGACCGAACCAAACCGAACUGGCAAUUUCUGCCUUCAUGAAGAUUGCUUUUAUUAGGUUGAUGAUCAUCUAUAUAUCAAUUUGUCGAUCGUGUGGAUGUGAGGUUAACUUUUGGUUUGAGUUUCUUUGUUUGUGAGGGUAUUAAUCAGGACCCAUGGUCUUGUUUGCGUGUAUAAGAAAAUGUGAUAUUCAGCGUAAUUUUUGCCUUAUUGUAUUAUGAUCCAAUUUUUGAAA